UCCAACUAUACUGCAGUUCUAUUUUAGUUACGCAUCUUUAUUACAAGUCUACAUCCACUGAGAAAUAUUUUAUUCCAAGAAAAUUGAUGUUACGAAGUUAUGAGUAUAUAGAGGCUGGGACAUCAUCCGAGAUGCCAGACUAUAGCAGCACCGAUGAGGAUAUAACUGACACAGAACCCGUCCAACUUGAACCAUUUAUACACCAGGUAGGAGGGCACAGUUGUGUAUUGAGAUUUAACGAGACGACAUUAUGUAAACCAUUGAUCACCAGGGAGCACCUUUUCUAUGAAUCACUGCCAUCAGAGCUGAAGACUUUUAUACCAGCAUACAGAGGAAUCAUUGAAGUGGAACUUCAGGAAGAUAAUGAUGGGGAGAUAACUCUGAUUGGGCAUCCUAUGCCAUCAGACAGCAGUGAAGGUCAGGGAUCAACAUCUCAGAGGUCAUCACCGAGGGUGUCUCCAAAACAGUUUGAGAGGGCAAAUUCACCACUGUCAAGUGGAAGUGAAAAUGAACACCCCAACAGUCCAGUUAUACCCUCCAGGAAGAAACAUUCAAGAGUUGCUGGCAAUUCUUAUAGUGUCCGGCUAUUAAGAAGUGGAAGUAUUGAAGUUAGUACACAGACAGAUACAGUUUUCCACUCUCCUGAUCCCAAAUCUGGACCAAAAUCAGCUAACCUCAAUCCCUGGAGCUUGAAAUGUCAUAAACGAUCACUAGCAAAAAUGAGGAUGGACAAUCAAGACUCUAAUUUUAAAAAGUUUAUAUUGCUGGAAAAUGUAGCAGCAAAGUUUAAGUAUCCAUGUAUACUAGACUUAAAGAUGGGGACCAGACAACAUGGCGAUGAUGCUCCAGAAUCCAAGAAAAAUAGUCAGAUGAGAAAAUGUGCAUCGACCACAUCCAGUGCUGUUGGUUUGAGACUUAUUGGCAUGCAGGUUUACCAGUCUACCUCUGGACAGUUUGUUUGUCAGAACAAGUACUUUGGUCGGAAGCUUACAGUACCAGAGUUUAAAGAAAGUCUUGAACUUUUCUUGUAUGAUGGUGAGAAAUUGCGGCUGGAACUUGUUGAUCCAAUUUUAAAUCGUCUUCAACAACUUUACAAGAUUGUAAAAAAACAGGACUCUUUCAGGUUCUAUUCAAGUUCGUUAUUGAUAAUGUACAGUGGGAGGGGGAUGGUACAGGAUAGUGACUUAGAACAUGAUACGUCGUCCGAUAAGGAAACUGUGAAUUCAGUAGUUGACACAGAAACUCAAGUAAAUAGUGAUGAAUUAAACACACCUGCUCAAGAUGAUAAUUGUUUGGUGGAUGUUCGUAUGAUAGAUUUUGCCCAUUCCACACAUCGUGGAUUCAGUGAUGAUGCUCCGCAUAAAGGCAUUGACGAUGGCUAUUUGUUUGGGCUGCAGAAUCUCAUUACAAUAUUUGAAGGUAUAAAACAAAGGUUCUCUUCACACUCGGAGGAAGAAAAUGGUUGAUUUUGAAGUACCUUGUUAAAAAAAUGCUGCAUUUGCUCCCACUGAAUUACAGGUAUAUUAAGGACCAUGUUUUAAAAAAGUGAUAAUUCAUAUGAUUUCACAAUAUCAUUUUUAAACUAGUCUUUAUAUCUGCAUUUGCAUGAAUGUUAUGUUUAAUUUGCCUGCUGGCAUCAGGUGAACUUAGACAUUAAUAUGGUCAAUAUGCAUGCUUCAUUAUAUGGUUCUGUCAUAACUGCUCUCCAUACAGAUUAUAUCCCAAGGUUAAAAUCCUAUCCUGCCCCAUGUAACUGCUUGGGGUUUGUAACUUAGCCUUUGAUGUUAAGUGUUUAAGAUCAGUGAUAAAAAUCUAAAGGCUUUCAUUGAUGCCUGAAAAUAUACCAGAGACACUUGCGAAGUUUCUCCCUUCAAUUAAGUAGUUGAUAGUUGCAGUAUCAGUAUUUAUUGAACUGUGAUUAAAGUAGCUUAAAUUUCAACAGAACUACUCUUAUGCUGUAUUAUAAAAAAAACUGCUGAUCAGAUUAUUUUUUAUUUGAACAAGAUUCUUAUGAUUUUGGGGAGGUGUACCUGUAUUUUAUUUAUAUCAGUUGCCUUCGAAUGUGACGAGGCAACAGUUUUACUCUGCAUGGUAUUGUACUGAUAUGAUAAAAUAUUUAUAACUUAGAUUUCUUCUACUUGAAGCUUUUGAUUUUUAAGUUCUGUUCGUUAACUGGUUAGGAAGUUAUGUUUAUUGUAAAAUUGUUUAUGUUACUUUGAUUAUUUAAAUAUGUGACUAGAAAUAUUUUCAUAUAAGAUGCAGCCUGGCUUUUAGAAAUAUCCACAUCCAUUUGUAACUUACCUUUAUUACAUAAUUAUUCCUCAUUUUGCAUAUGUUAAAACACACUGAAAUAUGUUGUGCAUUAUAAAUACAACAAUUUUACUAUGAUUAUAGUAUAUUAUUUUGUUGUUGCUGGGUUUUUUUUAUCCAUUAUUAGAUAUUAUGUAAUACAAGUAAAGUUUACAUGGUAGUUUUCUUUAAAGCAAUGUGAAAUUUACAGGGUUACAUAUUUUUAACAUAUAUGAUACGCCAGAAGUUUUGUGUAAAGUUUAGCUAUGUAUUGUCUGUAUAUUAUUAUUUUUAGUGAAAUUAUUAAGUUUUUUUUUUCAUUUCAUUAUUGAGAAUUUUUAGUGUUAUAAUUAUAUAUUUAGUGAAUUGAGAAGGUUGUGAAUAGUUUAAGUUGUCCAAUCACCUUAACUGUCUCUAAGAUUGUUUGUCUGUCUGUUUGUUUGUUUGAACAUGUAUGAAACUAUCCUUAUAUCUUUCAUUUAAAUUUUUAAAUAGUUUAUCAUAAAGAUACAUGUUUAUUCAGAGAGAAGUUUAUUAUGACGAUUUAUUUCCAGUUAGAAAUCCUCUAAACUGUACAAGUAAAAAUUACUGCCUUCGUAUCUUUUGACAAUAUAACCUAAUUGAAAAAAAAAAACAAAAAAAACUUUUUUAUAUGCGGAAAAUUCGAGCAUGGCCACAGGCUCCAAGAGCUUUCCGUAAUAUAGGUAGCACCUAAUUAUAUAUUAACACUGAACAUCAUGCUAUUAAAAAAUUCUGAUUUUCAUGGUCUGAAGCUUCCAUCAAUUUUCAGCCAUUUUUGAAACACACAUUUCACUGUACACGUUUAUUUAUUUAUGAGAAUUUAAGGUGCUCCAUAAUUAUUGCACAUCAUGAUAAAACCAAAACAAGAAAUUUAGAGUUUAAACAAUUCGUCACAAUUUGCACUCUACAGUUAAUCUACUAGAUAUAUACUGAAAAUGACUGCAAUAGGGCAUUUGUUUUGUUAGUGCAAGUUAUUUAACAUAGUUGUAAACUGUGUUAACAUUUCCUUGUUUAUAUAUUCAUUUCUAUAGUAUUAAGUGACGUUAGUCAGUUGAAUUUAAGAGUAUUCAAUUUGAUACGAGAAUUUGUUUCUGUAUAUUUUUUAAAAAGAAAAUCAGAAAUUUUAUUAUGAUUAAAACAACUGGUUUAAAUUAUUGUUAUCCUUUUUUCCCCUAAUAAUAUGACUUUAUUCAUACACAUCAUAAUUUUUGUUAGCUUUAUUACCGUAAAGUUGGUUUACUGUAUAGAAAGUUAAUAUUGUACAGUUGAUAAUUCCUUAGUAUUUUAGCCAUAGAUAUGGUUAUAUAUUCCCUUAUACUCCUGAACAAGCUAGCUUAUGAAAGGUUGGGGAUUCUCCCGCUCAUGCAUGAAAUAAUAAACAACGAGUGCACUCACAAGUGAAGCUGGAAAGUCAUUGAGUGACCAUUACAGUGUUAGUGUGGCAUAAAAUCCAACAAUUUACACAAAAUGAUUUAUUUGAUUUGUCUAUCUACUUUGACCAUAAAAUUAUGUUUUUAAGGUAUUUAGUUUAAACUUCUGUAAAAAAUUAUAUGAUUUUAUCACACACCCGUGCCGAUUUUGCGACUCCGUAAAUAUGGUAUUGCACGGCUGUGCAUAUAUUUUGACGUAACGUCAUUAGCGUUAUGCCAACAUAGUGUAAAGACGCGCUAAAUGUUUAGCGUAAAUCUAUAGGCGCGUCACUGGAAAAUGACUCUUAUUUCACUUUAAACGGUCUUUAUUUUAGGUAUGUGAUAGAUAGAAUAUUAAAUUCGUGUAAGUUCAUUACUGAAUUUAUUGCACUCGUUGAAUAAAAUAACAUUAUGCUCGCCAGAGGCUCGCAUAAUAUAAUUUUAUUCAACUUGUGCAAUAAAUUCAGUAUUGAACUUACACUCAUUCAAUAUCCUCUAUAUAUGGUAAAAGGUAAUGUUGAUAAAUAUUUCUGGAGAAUCUUUUACAGUUUAGUAGUUUCAGAUAGAUUGAAUGUUCAAAUAUUAAUUAUUCAAUCAGUUCUUAAAUUAUUGUUACACUAUUGUUAUAAAACAUUAUAUCAGGUCUAAGAAGAAUGCUUUAACACUACUUGCAGAUUGAUUGCAAAAUUAACUAUUACAGAUAUCCAAAAUUCAGAAAAUUCCGUACUUUUGAUUUAUACAAACAGAUUUGGGAAGGGAAAUUUGUUUUUUAGGAACCUAUAUUGUUCAACAAGAACAAACUUUGAAAUAUUUUUUUAAAAAAAAUCAAAAGAGGAAAUGGUAAUUAUUACCAAGUCAUGAAAGAUAAUGUCAUAAAAUUGACAAUUUUAUAUGGCAAUGCUUAUACGCACAAAGAAUGUUAUGUAUAUUGAAGGAGUAUAUAGUAGGGGAAUAUGUGUUAGAAUUUCCAUUUCAUUAUUUGUUAUUGUGCAAUAUUUUGUUUGAGAAAUUUUACCAUUACUUAUAUUGUGUUUAUUUAUAUACCUGUAUUGUGUAUGUAUACUAAAUGAAGAGGACAUCAAAAACAGACAUUGGAAUAUUGUGAUUUUUUUUGCAUUUUUUUUUUUCUCUUUUUUUCAGACAAAAAAAUGUCAUGUGUAGUUUAAAGCGAAUGAAUUUUAUAUAUACAAGUUUGAGUAGUGUAGAAUUAUUAUCCCUUUAUAUGGCACAAAAAAGUAUACCAUUAAUAAUUGUAUGGAAGUGAAUUUUUUUUUGGCAAGCUGAACGUACAUUUAAUCAACCAUCUAUCAGAACAUUCCUAAAUUCACCAUUGUCACUCAACAACACUCUAUGGACAUAUUAUAUAGAAUUUUUAGCCUUAAGCUCAUGUACAUAGUUAUAUUAUUUACACUUAUGUGUAAAGUUACAUAAUUUUUUUUCUGUAUUCAGAAUUUUUACUUUCCAUGAAAGUCAUCAUAAACUUGAUAUAAGCCAUAUCUACAAUUUGAGCCACGUCACGACAAAACCAACAUAAUGCAUUUGCGACCAGUAGGAUCCAGACCAGCCUGCGCAUCCACGCAAUCUGAUCAGGAUCCAUGCUGUUCGCUUACAAUUCCUAUAACAAGUAGUGAAACUGAUAGCGAAUAGCAUCGAUCCUGAUCAGACUGCACAGAUGCGCAGGGUGGUCUGGAUUUCAUGCUGGUCGCAAACCCAUUAUGUUGGUUUUGUCGUGACGCGGCUCAUUUAUAUUAUUUUUCUACAUCUAGUCCAUUGUAGAUAAGUAAUAAAUCAGGGUUUCAAUUAAAAAAUGUUGUAAAUCAGUGUUUAUUUUAAGGAAAUGUUAUGUCACUAUUUGGACAUUAGCACAUGAAUAAUGUCAGAAUAUUUACUGCUUGAAUAUACACAGUGUUAUUGACUUCUCUAUUCUGCCAUAAGACUUGUACAGCUUCCUUAUUUAGAACUGUUUAUUAUCAAUUUGGGGAUAUCAAGACGCAAGUUUGUAUUUGGUCAGCAAACAGUAUAGAGCAUGAAGUAUGGUCUCUAGUGGUCAGUCUGUAAAGAAGUGCAAGCUGGCCUGGCUCAAUACUGGGGCCAAAAGCUCAUCACAUUUAGGUCCAGGUAGGUCAGGGUUAAUAAUUUUAAAUACCUCAAAUUGCUAACAGACACUUUCAAAUUCCAAAGGGGAUAAAGAUAUUACUCAAGUACAUCAGGGUAUGGGACAUAUAAAUCAUAAGAAAAAAAUUAAAUUCUCUCAGUUUACGUGAAAAUAAAUCUUUAGGCUUUUUAUUAUCUUGAUUAUCUCACUUUUCGAAGACAUGACCCACUUGCUGGAGUCAGUUAAUCUUAUUGGUUAAGGUGUUGUUUUUUUUAAAGUCAUUAACAUCAAUACUUACAAAUGUGUAAUGUGGAUGCAUUUUGACAUGUUCAACCUGUCACACCCAUUAUCAGGUCAAAAAUUAAGGGUCAGUAUGACCUUUUAUUCUGAUUAAGUCUAGUAAUAUGCAUUUCACGAUCCUGCACCGAGGAAUGAGGAUUGAGCUGCUCCUUGGACAGCUUUUUUUUUUGGGGGGGGGGGGGGGGGGGGGUUAGUUUGUUUAUUAUGAAUUCUUUAUAUUUUAACAUAGAAAUGAUCAUGUAAGAAUAAAACCCUGAUUUUCAUUAUUGCCAUUUCAUGUUCAGAUUUUGUUACUGAAAGUUUUGAUAUUGUUGUAAAAUGUACUGAUCAUAUUAUUCUACAUUGUCAGAAUCAUUAAAUACAUUAAAGAAGUUUAAGUUA